UCAAAGCUCGGAAAGCCGGAAGUCACAGGAAUCUGCGUCCGUUUCUUUUCCCCGAAAAGCAGAAGCACAGCCGCGGGGACACUUGUCACAAGAUCGGGAGGACAUGGAAGCACUUUAUUAACGGUCUGAGCUCAUUGGACGACAUUAAAUCGGACUGUCAGGGGGCGGGCUCUCCUCUCUUCCAGCCCUGCAGUCAGAGGUGUUUGUCUUGUCAUGACAGCCAUGGAGAGAUUAGAAGCUACAUCUGAGCUCCAGUCUCGGUUGUCAGCCUUGUCCUUUUCAUCCUUCCCCGGUGUAACCUCCAAGCAGUGCGACAGCACACCCCCGGGCAGGCUGGAGAGUACAAACCUGUCGGAGAGCACCCAGUCCAGCAUUCAACCCACCAUGGAUGAAGCCAAGCAGCUUUCAAAGGGUGAUGAGGAUGCUCCUACUGAGGGGGCCCUGGGGGAAGGAUGCAAGGAGAACAUCGAUGCUGGGAGCAGUCCGCUCGCUGCUGAAAUUAAAGAGGCAGCCCAGAUGCCACCCCUGCCGCCCCCUACGACUUGGACAUCUGCUGCAGUGAAGGAGCUGAAGGCGAAGCUCCGAUCUGAGAAGGACAGUGUGGUGACAGUGUAUCGAGGAGACAUCAUGACGGUCCACGUCCCUACUGUCCCCGAGGCCAAGAAAGUGUGCUGGGAGUUUGCCACAGAUGGCUACGACAUUGGCUUUGGCAUAUAUUUUGACUGGACCCCUGUGACCAGCAGGUCCAUCACCGUGCACAUCAGCGAGUCGAGCGAUGACGAAGAAGAAGAGGAAGAGCUGGAAGGGCCUCUCAGCAACGAUGAUGUGGAGAAAGGCUCCAAAAGCCACACCAACUCCAACCUGACCGAAAUCCUGCCUGUGUACCGUCAGGACAGCCAUUUGUCCGUCCAAGGCGGCAGCCACGACUUCCAAGGCGAAGGCACUUACCUCCUAAAGUUUGACAACUCCUACUCCCUCUGGAGGAACAAAACUCUCUACUACAGGGUGUACUACAGUGCCUGAGACACCUGCUUUGUUGCUUACGAAUGUAUAACCUACAGAAGAAUAUAACCCUUGAGAACAAUGAACUAUUUUUGGGAUUUCCAACAUGGUAAAUAUCAAAUAAUUUAAGGAAUACAUGCAGGCGCAUCUAUUUUAUAUUCCCUUGUCCAGUUAAAUGGGUUUCGGUGCAUCAUCCCUGUCAGUGUCCUGUUGGAGUAUAAUCAGAAAAGCCUUGCGUAUGUCAUGUGCCAUAUGUGUGCACUGUGCUGUUUGGUCAAGUGCCCGUCAUAAACUAUAUAUUGUCUACCUGUUACAUUUCUAUGGUAGCAGCGAUCAGGGAGAACCUGCACAGAGGGUGUUACUCCGCACCAUGUCCUUAAUCAGCGGUGCCCCGAAGAAAUUCUUUUUCACCCAUCCAUCCGUCCCUGUGCACCUUUUUUGCUCUGUUGCAUCAAUGUUUGCUGUGAUAAUCAUUCAGCUUUGUCGUGUAACUUAUUUUUAUUUUAUUGUUUAAUGUAAAAAUGCAGGACGUGAUCUACAUUCCCUCUACUGGUGCAGCUGUUGUGUCGAAGAGAUUUAAGUUGAACAUACUAAAGUGACAGUUUUUAUGACGCAUAUAAAAGCCCUUAUCGAAUAACGCUCUAGAUUCAAUAUUUACCUUUGCUUUGCCAGCGUUUUAAUUAGCUGUUUUUAAAGUAGAGGUCAGUUGCAGUGUUUCGCCCAAAUGUGUUUUUCUGAGUGAAGAUCACUGUUCUUUUUUCUUUUUUUUAAAUCUCUGUGUUUGACCAUCCUUUUCACGCUCAGUCAUGCGUAUAUUUCCAAAGAUGUCGCAGAUCUGGCUGCUAAUGUCGUAUGCAAUGUAAAGCAACCGUUUUCAAGCUGUUUGCUGUCUCAUACCUUCACUUUAAACUGUACUGUUCGUUCCCUGAAAUUUAUAUAUUCCACAAUAAAGAGA